AUGCCGUCGAUUGCCUCUCGGAAGAAACGCACCAUGGCGUACAAGAUGCAGCAGCAGCAGAAGCGUCAGGCAGCCAUGGAAGCAACAAAGAAAAAGCAGGCCAAGGAAGAGGCUGCUGCUAUUCGUCCCCCGCCGUCUCCCGACCUCCACAAGGACGAGCACCCGAGUGAUCAUCCCGACCCCGAAUCGCCCGCAUACCUCAAUGCGUCUUCGGAGGAGGAAAUUGAUGUGAGUGAGGCACCCGCCGACGCGAGCAAAAUCUUUCGCACGGUCAGCAAAGACUCGACGGUGGACCAGGACCCCAUGGCGUACGCAGCAACCAGUCUCCAGCAACUCGGAAGUGGCAGUGAACACGACAGCGUUGUGCUCAGUUACAAUCAACAAGCUCUAACGGAAGAUAUUUAUGCGCUCAUGAGCACGUCCAAGCUUUUUUCGGGGGGUUUCUUCUUUGCCUUGUCCAUUUUUCUGAUUCAAAUGGGUAUUUUGUCUCUGGUUUUAACGGAUUUAGUCGACAUGUCGGACGAGCCUGUACAACGCAACGGAGUCGACAAUCGAUUGAAUUUACCUGCUGAUACCCCAUUGCAAGUGAGCAUUGCCCAGUGCUUGGGAAUUAUCCUCAUCAUUAAUUUUGCCGUGGCAGAAGGGGAUUUGCUGCGAGGGAUUACCCACUUGGUCGAUGGUUUCGAUCCUGAUCUCUUGCAAUCUGCACCUCAUGCCAAGCGAGUCAAGUGGCAUUUUGCAGGAGUCUGCCAAUGUUUGGUUGGAGCCUUCAUGGUGAUGGAUGCCUUUAUCCUCAUGAUGCAAUCGGUAACGGUGAUUGAAAUGUGUUUGAAUUUUGCAGCCCUUUCCUUUGUGCAAGAUUUUGACGAUGCUGCAUUUGCCAUGGGGACCAUGGGAUUGCUUAGUCGAAAGAUUCAGGCCGAUUGUCUCAAGGUGGGACACCUUGUUGUCAAGUCGGAAAAUCGAAACAAAACGAGGCAUGUACGAAGGUUCACGGUCCUGCUCUUGACCGUUGCCUUGUUCAUUCCCUACUGGAUCAUUACGGGAUGGAAAUGGAGCGGUAGUUUCAUGUGUGACUCUCUCUACGUGCAAUUCGGUGACGCGUACGGUCCAGAGUGGCCGUACUAUAGUGGACGGUUCCACGCCAUGGGCGGAAAAUCCAUCACGGAGCGAAGCAAUGGACGGGUGGUCUAUUUGGAACCAACCGGGACGUUGCAGGUCGGAUAUUGCCCAUCCCUCCCAGCAUGGACUGUCUCGAACCGCACAGAGGUGGGAGAUGAUUUCUGUAGUUACAUGAUUCGGAGCGAAGAUACAAACACGUUCGAUGUCGUGGAUGUGGCAACAGAUAAUUGGUAUGCUGCAACUACCACAGUGGGAGAUGUCCCAAUGGAUUGGAUGGCGGUGGUCUGUGCGGAUUGCAAUGAAGAUCUGUGCGAUCCUAGUGUGGGGCAGUGUGUGAACAACCAAUGCCAGUGCCAUAAAGGUUUUGUGGGUCUGAAUUGCGAGUUUGAGGUGCCAGAGUGUACAUUUCUUGGAUUGGAUAUGCGGUCCAAGGGAGCUUUGCCGUCCCUGCCAUUUGCCUCGCUAUUUUUGAGGAAUGAAUUUGUCAAGCUGGAAGAUGAUUUGGGGUUGGCGGAUCAAUUCUACAAUCAUCCCAUCUAUGCUAGCUAUGACGAAGUUGGAAACAUCAAUACACUCAUUCUCUUUUCUGGCAGGAGGUGGAUCAUCAUGGGCACGCCCCAGGAAACCACAGCAGACUUUUUCUGGGAUGUGUUUGUGGACAACUUGGUUGCAAAUGAUGUUCUGAACCACCCACUGGAGAAUUUGCUCAAUACCACCAGGACAUUUUCUUCCCUGACACCUUUCUUCUUUAGUGGUCCGGUGGAUUUUGGCACAAAAACUCACCAGGUCGACCCAAUCCAAACUCAGUGGGUUUUGGCUGUGCAAGAUGAAUCAUUGCCUCUGUUGGGAUACCGCGGGGAUGACACCUUUGAUGUGACAUUUCAGUUCAUUUGUUCCCACUGCAAUGAUACGUAUGCCCCUUGCAUGAAUGGUGGAACAUGCAAUGCAACAAGCACAUACUGUGAUUGCCCAGAGAGCUAUGAUGGGUAUCGCUGUGAAUACAGUUUGAAUUGUCGUGAGAAACCAUGUUUGAAUGGUGGAACCUGUGAUGAAGUCUUCAAUAUCUGUACAGAUUGCGAUCCUCUGUAUUACGGGAAUCUGUGCCAGUUCAAACGAGUCAUUAUUGAUGAAUCUGGGAACAUUGAUUUUGAGUCCCAGGCGGCGUUGCUGGGAGAUGACUUUUUUGUUUGCGUCAAUGGUACCACUUGCAACAAUGGCGGAUGGUGUACGAGCAAUGUCACAGCCUGCUCUUGUUUGCCUGAUUUUGCCGGGGACCGCUGUGAGUUCUUGCGGGAUAAUUCGACACUGGAACUGCAGGAUGGGUUUCUAUGUGCCAACACCACUUGCAUUAACGAUGGGUGGUGUGUUGGGAAUAGCACGGAGUGUACCUGUCCCGAACCAUUCACAGGCACGUUCUGUGAACAAGUCUUUGGCAAUAGCACCUUUGAAGACCUGUUUCACUGCUUCAACGCAACUUGCUUAAAUGGUGGUUUCUGCGAAGCACCAACAGAACCAUGUCAAUGUGCCGAUGGUUACUCUGGCGACUACUGCGAAUCGUCAGCCAACUUGAUUGAGGGUCAUGAACUUUGCUCCAACUCGACUUGCUUAAACGGUGGUUACUGCAGAAACAUUGUUGAAGUUUGCUAUUGCCCUGAAGGAUUGGAGGGCAACUACUGUGAAAUUUUUGCCGCAAAUGGCACUAGUGCCGACGUGAACGGAACGCUUGUGGACGAUACGGUUGCGAACGACACGAGCGCCAACACCAGUGUAGCUAGGGACCGCGACGUGGACGUCGGAAAUGGAGGAGAAAACCCGGACGUGGACAUCGGAAAUGGAGGAGACAACCCGGACGAGCCAUUGUCGAGAUUUCGCCAAUAUAUGAUGCCCUAG